UCUACCAAUCUAAAGAAUGGGCUGGACAGAACAACAACAAAAGUAACUACUACUACUACUACUACUACUACUACUACUACUACUACUGCUGCUGCUGCUGCUGCUGCUGCUGCUGCAGCUGCUGCAACUGCUGCUGCGACUGCUGCUGCGACUGCUGCUGCAGGUGGUGCGGCCGAGCAAUCCGUCAAAAUGUGUUUUACUACGGAAUAAUACAACCAGAGUAUUCGUGUAGAGGGGAACCCGCCUUCCAGCUUCCACUCAGCUGAGGGACGGCCACCGAGUGGAACUGCUGCUGCUGCUGUACUACUACUACUACUACUACUACUACUACUACUACUACUACUACUACUACUACUACUACUACCACCACCAGAAGCUUGUACCUGGUCAAUGCAUUCACGAAAAAUAUCGGACAACUCUCCCUCCUGGGUAUCGUCUUGAAAAAACCACGACGAUGUAAACCAAGAUAUAUCAUUAGAAGGACGAGAUGGUCGUGGUUGGAACCCUGCUGAUCAUAGAUCAGCUUGAUUGGGGCUGACCUUGGGUCAAGCAACAGCAACAACAAUUACAACAGUAACUGCUACGAUCAAACAACAGCAACAUGUGCGACCACCACCACCACCAACAGCAACAGCAACACCACUACCUCCGUUACUGUUACGCCUACUACUACAGCAAAUAACAACGGUAGCGUGGUCUGCAAGAGUAACAACAAGUGGAACUACUACUGCUACUACUGCUGCCGCCGCCACCACCGCCAUGGCCACGGCCACGGCCAUGCGACAGCCCUUGAAACAUGUGGACAGAACAAGGAAUCGGCAGAAAAAUGAAUGGUGCUUUAUAGAUUCCGCCGUUCAAGAGGGAAGGUCGUCUCAUUUGGCGUUGCUUGCUCAAUGAAACGACAUCGAAUUUAACUCGGAGUACAAACGAAACAAUAACAACAACAGCAACAACGAGGAGACAUAACAUCAACAGUCUACACCACCACUCCAACCACCACCACCAUCACCACCAUCGCCACCACUACCACCACCACCGUCACCUCGGUUUUAUAUUCGAACAAACACCAACUAAAGCUGUUCAAUGUCUCCCAUUCUCUUAAAAGACUGGAUCAUGCCGCGUCUACCCAAUCUUCUACGGACACAGUUCCAAAGGAACUAUUUGUUUUUCUCUGGAGCUGACCCUAUGAUGUUUGCCUCACCGGAGGCGUCUGGAGAACCUCACCUGUUAUACGCCAUUUAUCAAAGUAUGAUCGCUGCUUACCUGGUGUUUCUGUCCAUCUACAGCGGUUUCGCCUCAAAACAUGGAGUGAAAGUAUUCAUCUAUUUCACUUACUGGAAUCUCUAUUUAUGUAGUUUGACGUUUAUUAUGAAAGCCUAUCACGCCUGGCAAUUCUAUCAGAAAUAUAGGGACAACAAAGAAAAACGCCCAACAGACCUAAGCACCGGCAUGAAGUUCCAAUGGGUUCUUUACAACAUUACGUGCAGUGGAGGUAUAAUCGUGGCCAUUUUAUACUGGCUGGUCCUAUAUCAUCCAGGUAAAACCACCAGCUUCCUUGGCAUCAACACCCACGGCGUUCUUGCAAGCAUCAUCCUCAUGGAUAUAUUCAUCACAGCCAUACCAGUUCGACUUCUUCACGCAUGGAUGAGUUCUGUAUACGCAGCUCUGUUCAGCAUGUUCUGCUUUUUCUAUUGGCAAGCCGGUGGCAAAAACACUAAAGACAAACCGUAUAUUUACUCGGUCAUCGACUUUUCAAACAACUGGGAAAUGGCCCUUAUUUGUAUCUUUUCACUCAUUUUUUUCAUGGGACCACUGUUACACACUUUCCUCUUUUGUAUACAUCUACUGCGGAGAACUAUUUAUAACCGAAUGUCUUGCUUAAACCGCGAGAAGACAUUGUUACACGAACAGGGACACAAUGAAAACUGUGAAAUGCAGCAAACAUCAGACAAAGAGACAUUAAAUAUGAACAGUGUAUAGAGAAUUGAACAAUAUGCACGUUCUGUUUGUGUGUGUAUACUUAUGUCUGCUAAUGAGCAGAUGGAAUGACAUAUUGUAAUAUAGCCAUAUAAUCAUAAUAUCUACUGUAUGUAUAUAUGAAUGUAUGUAUAUAUGUGUGUAUAUAUAUGAACGUAUGUAUGUGUGUAUGUACAGUUGUAUAAAUGUAUAUUGAAUGUACGAAUGUAAUGUAUAUGAACGCAUAUGCUGUAAUAUAGCCAAUCAUUUUAUCUAUUGUAUAUAUAUUUCUUAAGUAUACACUUCCACACAUGCGCCCUCACAUAUAAGUGUGUAUGUGUCUGUAUAUAAAUAUGUGUCUACAUCUACACACACACACAUACACAUGCAUGUGUAUGUCUGUGUGAUUGUAAGCAUGUAUACAAAAGGUGAGUUCGUGUGCGAGUGUAUAUAUAUAUAUAUAAAUAUAUAUUUCGUCUUUUACCUUUGCCAGGAGAAUCAGUGUUCAUUAUAUUAACUCCUCUCUCUUUCUCCUUGUGUGUAUGUAUAAAUAUUGAUAUUUAGCAGAAACAACAGAUAAGCGCCAAUACACGAAACUCUCGGCCCUUGAGUCACUUUGUUGUUUCUGCUAAACAGUUAUAAAAAUACACAUAUCCUCAUAUCUUGAGUUCUGUUUUUCCUGUUUGAAUCAACAA